CAGGUGGCGGUGACGCGCCUCAGCUGGUGUUUACAAACCGCCGCUGCGCUCCAAACACACGAAGAAGAGACAGAACAAGAUGGCGAUGCCCAUGAGGAGGACGCUGGUGGCUCUUCACAGGGCGACAUGUAGCAGUUUGAAGAAUGCUGAAGCGUCUCUGGAUGUGAGACAUCCCGUCCCACUUUUCCUGCCGGUCCGGACCAAGAAGCGGUACUUCAUCCCUCCAGCAGUAGGUGUGAAGGGGAAAAGGGAAGUGAACGUGGAGUCCAAGGCCAAAGCAGCAGGCGUCGUCUUCAGACAGGAGUACUUUGAGAGGCCCAUCAACAUCGCCUGCACUGCGGGAAUCUUUGACCCCUACGUUCCUCCGGAGGGCGACGCUCGUCUUUCCUCUCUGUCUAAAGAAGGACUGAAACAACGAACGGAACAGUUGCGACAGAGCGCUGCCUCACAGCUAGCGAUCCGUAAAAUCAAAGAGUAUGACUCUCAGUUCGUAACAAAGGAAUUCGCAGAGCAAGCUCAAGAGAUCUUCAUUGAAGCUCACAACUAUCUGACACAGUUCAACAGGGAGAAGCUUCACUCCCUGGUGACAGAAAGGUGUUAUCCUGAUAUGACGAGGGGGAACCGCUACAAGACGAUCCACUGGAGGUUUAUAGAGUCGCUGGAGCCGCCUAAGGUGGUGCAUGCCCGCUGCCCCGACAUGGUGUCCAAAGGCAACCUGUACGGCCAGGUGACGGUCCGCAUGCACUCCAAACAGACUCUGGCCAUCUACGACCGCUUCGGGAGGCUGAUGCUCGGCAGCGAGGAGCAGCCGAAGGACGUCCUGGAGUACCUGGUCAUAGAACGACACCUCGUCAACCCCUACGGUCGGUGGAGGUUACACGGAAAAAUAGUGCCGUCCUGGGCUCCCGCCAAAGAUCCAAUUAUUAAGACUGUCAUGAUUCCUGGUCCGAAGCUGGAGCCUGGAGAAGAGUUUGACGCCCUCAGCUACAACGUUCCCAGACCCGAGCCAGUUCAGUGGAACAAGUAGGCCACCAGGUGGCGCUGCUGUGCUCAUCAAACCACAGUAGGACAUUUUAUUUGCAGUCUUGGGCCAAAUGCAGUUAAAAUUUUUGGCUGUGGCUGGUUAGUUUGUCCACUUUGGCAGGAAACCAGCCUUCAUUUGGAAGCUCUUAUCUGUAAAUGUUGUUGGCUGUGGAAGUGUUGGAAGCAGCAGGUGAGUUUCAGGAUGAACAAACUGCUGCGUCCUGCCGCCAAUAAAGCUGCUUCUGUUCCUGCUGCAAGUGAUCACACAACAACCUGGACUUUGAACGUGACUUCAGACUUCACCCUGACUCAGAUUUGUUAUUUUUGUCCUGACUAACUUAAUGUGUACAUGUAAAGGAAAAAAAAAUAAAAUGCACAGAUCUCCA